GUUACUAGGGUCCCUGUCUGUGGUACUGGGCGAAUGGGAUCUACUUGGCGACUUGGAGCCGCUGUCUUCAGUGAAGCGCAACGUGAAGCGCGUGGUCGUCCACCCGCACUUUGUUUUCUGGAGGCCUGGCAACGACGUGGCUCUGCUCGAGCUCGACCGGCCCGUCAAGUUCGCACUACACAUCCUGCCAAUCUGCCUGCCUGACACCGACGACGAUUUUGCCGGCCAAGUCGGCAGCGUCACAGGCUGGGGCGCGACUUCAUUCGGUGAAUACUUAAUUCAGAAGAAACAUUUAUGUUCCCGGCAGGGUGACAGCGGAGGACCUCUCUCGGUGCGCCGGGCGGAUGGACGGUGGGUGCUGGUGGGCAUCAUCUCUCAUGGCAUCAAGUGCGCCUACCCCAACUUGCCUGGCAUCUACAUGAGGGUAUCUCACUACAAGCCAUGGAUACUAGAAGUCAUAAAUAAUAAAUAAUUAAAUAAA